CUCUGCAUUAAAAUUCACACUUGGGGCCAAGCUACUGCAUCUUGAUCAUACAUCUCACACUAUUCAGUUUUAGUCCUAAGAAUCUACACUCAGCUGCUGAUGCAGAAGGCUCAUAUAAAAACUCAAUAUAACAUGGAUAAAUAAAUGUCAUAUAGGAUUAGGAUAAGAUAAUAAUGGAUUUAGGAUUUAAAUUUGUUAUUUGUUGCAGUUUAGUUCUCAUUGGAGUUGUUUCCCAGGCUCCAGAAGGUACUCCAAGACCAGAGUGUAGUAAUUCUUGUGAAAGUUCAGAAUUGCAGUGCAGUGACUGUAGAUGUAUUAGCAACAACAUCACUUGUGAAAUUGCAGCUUGUGUUGUUGAUGGUUUUAAGUGUAAGAAUGAUCAAUGUGUCCAACAAAGUUGGGUCUGUGAUGGGGCAGAUGAUUGUGGAGAUAACUCAGAUGAAGAGGGUUGCACCGAUUAUGCUUGUAACCCCCAAGAAUGGGCCUGCCCUAACAAUGGCAAGUGUAUCCCUAUCUCUGAUGUUUGUAACCAUGUCCAUGACUGUGAUGGUGGUGUAGAUGAAGGGCCAACUUGUGGUAACUCACAGUGUGGUAGUCUGUCCUGUGACCACAGUUGUCGUCCUACUCCAACUGGGGGAUUGUGCUACUGUAGACCUGGCUGGACUAUCUCUUCUGCUGAUAACAGGACAUGUAUAGAUUAUAAUGAGUGUACUAUAUGGGGUGUUUGUGAUCAAUGGUGUACAAACAUGGCUAACACAUUCAACUGCUCAUGUGUAGAUGGCUACACCAAUGAUCCAGGGACAGGAACUUGUAGGGCAGAUGACAGAGAUACUGCCAAAGUAUAUUUUGCUCAAAAAGAGAAGAUUCAGCAGAUAGGUCUAACUGGUGGAAUACCCACACAAGUUGUCUCAGCCACUAGUGUAGUGAGCUUUGACUUACAUAUUCAAAAACAGAAGGUAGUUUGGUUGGAUGAUUCAACUAAAAAGAUCUAUACAGCCAGCAGUGCUAAUGGUCAGGAUAAAAGGGAAAUUUCCCCUCAAAGCCUUACAGCGCCACGUACAAUUGCCGUUGACUGGAUCACUGAUAACAUCUAUUUCAUCGACAAAACAGGACGUCGUAUAAAUUUAAUAACCUGGGAUGGCACCCAUCAGAGAAACAUCAUUACAGACAACUUAGGCAUUCCAGGAGGUUUGGCACUUGAUCCAACAACUGGAUACAUGUUUUUAACAUGUGGGGAGUCAACAGGCAAUGCAUGGAACAAACCAAGAAUUGAGAGAGCAUUAAUGGAUGGAAGUAUAAGGCAUACCAUUGUCUCAAAGAAGAUACUAGAGCCAGUAAGCUUGUCAAUUGACUUUGUGAACCUACGGAUCUACUGGGCAGAUGCUAGGCAUGAUAUGAUAGAAACUGUUGACUACUUUGGUCAGAACAGGCGAACAGUGAUCUCUGGCAGUCUGAAUAUCCCACAUUCCUAUGACAUGUCGAUGUUUGAGAACAUGGUAUUUUGGGCAGAUUGGACCAAAAUGGGCAUAAUGACUUCUACCAAGUACAACAAUGAGAGCACAGUCAGCCAGAUAUUUAUGGAUACUACAAGUAAACCUAUGGGGGUGAAAGUCUUCCAUCCCGCUAGACAGCCACAAGUGCGUAACCCAUGCUCUAAUGCGACAUGUUCCCACAUGUGUGUGCUGACCCACAUUAGCUCCAACAAUGGUCUGGGCUACCGAUGUAUGUGUGAUACAGGAUUUGAACUCAAUGAUGAUCAGAAAACCUGUAAAAGAAUUGAAAAGUUCAUCAUAUUCUCCUCUAAGACUAGUAUCAGGGGUAUCCCUCUGGGUGACCCACUUGGAUAUACUAUUGAUGCCAUGACACCUGUCUUAGGAGAUAGAUCAAACUUUGUUGGUUUGGACUUUGAUGCUCACGAAAAGUACAUCUAUUUCACUGACACCCGAAAGGACUUGAUUUGGCGCAUCCAUCCAGAUGGAACAGGUAAAGAGGCAGUAGUUGUGAAUGGUGCUCACAGUUCAGAGGGUGUUGCCAUAGAUUGGAUUUCUAAGAUCCUGUACUACACAGACAAUGUCAAGGACACUAUCACAUGUGUCAGACUCAAGAGUACAGGCUUCCUGGAGAAACGUGUCAUUUUAUCUCAACUGGGGAAUCCCAGGGCCAUAGUUGCACAUGUAACUAAAGGAUGGAUAUUCUGGACUGAGUGGCUGAGAACAAGACAGACAAGGGCUAAGAUCGGGCGUGCUCUUGGUGAUGGUACGAAUGUGACAUAUAUUCGCCAGCACCAGCUUGGAUGGCCUAAUGGCCUUAGUAUUGAUCAUGAGAACAACAGACUCUUCUGGACCGAUGCUAUGUUUGACAGGAUUCAACAUUGUAACUUUGAUGGUAGCGAUGUGCAGACUUUAACAAGGCAUACAUUUGGAAUUGCACAUCCAUUUGGAAUUGCUGUCUACAAAGGAUAUAUCUACUUUACUGACUGGCGAAUGGAAGCCCUUUCAAGGAUACAGAUGACAGACACAUCAAAACAAGUCCUGAUGAGAAAAGGCAUAAAACAGAUGUACAAUGCCAAGAUCUAUGAUAUAAAUGAGCAAAUAUUCAAUAAUUCACAUCCAUGUGCACUAAACAAUGGACACUGCAGUCAUUUUUGUUUCCCAGUCGCAGUUGGGUCAUCUUUGAGUCAGUAUACUCUAACACGGCGUCAUUGUGGAUGCCCUUACGGGAUGAAGAUAGACACAAGUGACCAGCGCACUUGUAUAGCAAAUCCUGAUGAGCAACCUCAACCUGCGUGUGCUAGAUACUACUUUACAUGCGAUAAUCAGCAGUGUAUAAGUCGACGCUACAAAUGCGAUGGAGACACUGAUUGUUUAGACGGAUCUGAUGAACGAAAUUGUACUUUAGCAAGCUGUAGAUCAAACCAAUGGAGAUGCAACUCUGGGCAAUGUAUCUCAAGAUAUUUAAAAUGUGACAAACGUAACAAUUGUCGGGAUGGCUCUGAUGAGCUAAACUGCCCCCCCAGAAACUGCAGCAGAUGGCAGCAUACGUGCGCUAAUGGCAAUUGUGUGACCCGUGGCGCCCUCUGUGAUACGGUGAAUGAUUGUGGAGAUGGCUCUGAUGAAGGAGAACAUUGCUCUGACACUACUUGUGACCCUACACUGCAGUUCCAAUGUGGCAAUGGGCUUUGCAUUCCCCUCCAAUGGCAAUGUGAUGGCAAUCCCGACUGUUAUGAUGCCUCAGAUGAGGCUAACUGUCCUCCUAAAAACUGCUCAUCCUACUACCUCUUUGCCUGCAAAUCACAGCAGCAAUGUGUUGCUAAAACACGAGUAUGUGAUUCAGUAUUUGAUUGUGAAGACUACAGUGACGAAGCUAACUGUUCCACACCUGCUCCUGGUGGAUGCAGACCAGAUGAGUUCCAAUGUACCACUGUGCAGGGAUGUAUCCGCCAAAGUUGGAAAUGUGAUGGCCAUGAGGAUUGCGAAGAUGGCUCGGAUGAACCUGAUACAUGUCGUCAAAGAACAUGUUCAAGCAACUUUUUCCAGUGUGGGAAUGGACGUUGCAUUUGGAAACGUUAUAUGUGUGAUGGAGAUGAUGAUUGUGGGGAUGGAACUGAUGAAGAUCAAGCUUUGACAUGUCCUCCUCCACCAUUCAGGUGUAGCUGGUCUCAGUGGAAAUGUCCAGGAGACUAUAGAGUCUGUAUCAAUAGGACCCAGGUCUGUGAUGGGAACCCUGACUGCCCUGAAGGACUGGAUGAGAGUCCUGUGUGCAAUGAGCAAUCCUGCUAUACCUCUAACCGUGGUGGGUGCAACCAGAUCUGCCGCAACACACCAUUUGGUGCUACAUGUUUUUGUAGGCGGGGCUACAUCCUUAAUGACACAACAACUUGUAUAGAUCAGAAUGAGUGUGCUGAGUUCAAGUGUAGCCAGACCUGCUUUAAUACCAAAGGUUCUUUCUAUUGUGGCUGUGACGAGGGUUACAGCUUAAUGCCCGAUAGGACAACAUGUAAAGCUGCAAAUGGCACUGCUUUCAUUCUUGCCGCAUCAUUCCGUGGAGUGAUACGUAGCAAUACAGCACUAAAUCGCUUCAGUUCAACACCUAUACGAGGGUUUAUACAUUCAAUGACAUACGAUAAUGUGGAAGACAAAGUCUACUACACAAAAUAUGUUAGAUCAACCAGCAUGAGGCAGAUGCAGAUCUUUAGCGCAUUGUCCAAUGGAACAAACCCUCAGAUGAUCAUUGAGCAUGGUGUUUUUGCCAAUGCCCUGGCAGUGGAUUGGAUAGGACGCAACUUGUAUUGGCUUGACUCACUUGGAGACACUAUCAAUGUUGCUACCCUAGAUGGAACCUACCGCACCAUGCUGUUCAAAGAAAAUGCUACCAGGAUCAGGGGCCUUGCUCUUGACCCAAGAGAAGAUGCGCGUCUGAUGUUCUGGGGUGACUAUGGGCAGAAUCCAGCCAUAAUGGCCGCUGGCAUGGAUGGAAGCAACAGACGCAUUGUAACCACUGAAAAGGUUUAUUACCCAGUUUCCGUGACAAUUGACCUUCCUACAAGAAGAGUCUAUUUUAUGGAUUACCACUCGGAAGAAAUUGCAUUCGUGAAUUAUGAUGGAACUGGACGUCAUCAAGUAAUCGAGAGUGAUUUGUUUCUGAGAGAUCCUAGAGGGGGCAUCACUAUCUUCGAGGACUUUGUUUAUUGGGCUAACAAAGAGAAGGGCAGAAAGAGCAGUUUAAGACGGUGCAAUAAAUACACCUGUGAAGCUCAGAAUAUUAUGAGCGCUAACACUGACUAUCCUUCAGCUAUGUUUAUGGUACAUCCUGCCCUCCAACCCAGUGCUGUCAAUCCAUGUGAAGACAAUGGAUGCAGUCACUUGUGUCUCCUGUCACCUGUUAGCACUAGUGGCUACACCUGUGCCUGCCCAAUGGCCAUGAAACUCGACUCUGAUCAACUCAGCUGUGUCCAAGAUCAUACCGAGUUCUUACUCUAUGGAAAAAAUAACAUGUAUGUCCGUGGCAUCACAUACUCUGAUGAUCCCAACUCCAUGGAGACUAUAGUGCCAAUCUUAGCAAGCUACAGAAUGAAGAUCAGUGACUUUGACUAUGAUAGCAGGGAUGGGUGGAUCUAUUGGACAGUAAACAGAGGAAAUAGGGGUGUAACAUACAGGCAAAGAAUGGAUGGACAGAACAGGACCACAUUUUUACCAAGUGCAUUUAUUGGAGCACCUCAUGCCAUAGCCAUAGAUUGGGUAUCUAGAAACCUCUAUUGGAGUAAUGUCCAAGCUAAUUUCAUUGGUGUAAUCAAGCUUGAUGGUGAGAACAAUUAUCGCAAGGUGUUGCUGAGCAACCAGGGUAAUGAGACUGAUGUUGGGCAGGCCAUCUCCAUGUGUGUAGAUCCAGGUCAAGGGAAGUUAUAUUGGUUGGACGCAGGAGGUGUAGGUGUCCCAAAGAAAGUGGCCAAGAUGAAUCUUGAUGGCAGUGAGGCUGCCAUAAUUAUAAAGACUGAUGUGAUUUCAUUGAAGUACAUUACAAUUGAUACUGCAAGCCAAACUCUGUUCUGGAGUGAUGCAUCCAAACAAACGAUUGAGAAAUAUUCCAUCACGACUGGGGCCAGGACAAGUUUUAUCACUGCUAACCUGCAUAACCCAAUGGGGGUUGCCGUGCAUGGCUCCAAGUUCUACUACUCAGACAGGUCCUAUGAGACUAUCACAGAAGUAGACUUGGCUGAUGGUGGGAAUGCAAAGAUAUUAAGGACAAAUCUCAAUAGACUGGACGUAUUGAAGGCUUACAGUGAGAGGCAUAAUGAUGGAGUGACUAACGCUUGUUCCAGUAACAAUGGCGGAUGUCCCCAACUCUGCCUGCCAACAGGCCGUGGCACCAAAGUAUGUGCCUGCUCAACUGGAUCUACUUUAGAUACGGAUGGCAUCUCUUGUAAAGCAUAUGAGUCUUUCCUUGUUGUCUCAACCUAUGAGGCUGUCAGAGGACUGAGCUUCACAGGGGAACAUGACGAUGCUAUGGUACCUGUAGGAGGGUCAAAGCGGUACGCUGAACACAUUGACGUUUACAUGUCAGGGGGUUUUGUGUAUUGGACUGACUACCGCUCAAUGAGCACAAGGGCAAACAUAACGAACAUUGGUAGGGUCAAACCAGAUGGCACUGAAUAUAGCGACUUAAUGGACAGAGGAAUUGGAUUAAGUGGGGUACAUGGCCUGGCAGUAGACUGGAUUAAUGGUAACCUGUACUUCACAAAUGGCUACAGGUUCACUGGUUAUAUUGAGGUAUGUAAGCUAGAUGGUUCCAUGAGGUUGGCUCUUCUUAAGAACUCUCAGACUGACACUGAUGGACUGUCUCUACCAAAGGCUAUUGCUGUCAACCCAUUUAAAAACUAUCUUUACUGGACAGACACUGGGCAGCACCCCAAGAUUGAGCGAUCAAGGUUAGAUGGAUCGAAUAGAACAGUUCUUGUCUCAGCAGGCAUAGUUCGUCCAUGGGCCCUUACAAUAGAUUACACAACUCACAAUGUUUACUGGACUGACAAUAGGAUAGAUGCAAUACAGAGAAUGUCUUUCUCAGGAGGGAAUAGGGAGUACAUACGAACCAACUUGCCUAACCCAGUAGGCAUUGCAAUAUUUGGCAAUGAUCUAUAUUGGAAUGACAGGAACCUGAAGACCAUAUUCAAAGCUUCAAAGGAGCCAACUGUUACAACUGCUGUAGAGUUCAAGACCAACAUAAAUAUGAUGUUUGGCCUUGCUGUUUACGAUCAGUCUGUUCAACCAGCUGGUACAAGUGCAUGUACAACCAAUAAUGGAGGUUGUGAACAGCUUUGUUUCCCAAAUCCUGACAACCAAGGGGUCUCCUGUAAAUGUGCCUUUGGAAAGCUGGCUCAGGAUGGGCAAACAUGCGAAGAGGUAAAUGAGUAUUUGAUAUAUGCUGUGGAAACUGAGAUUCGAAGCCUCCAUUUGGAUCCCGAUGACCACGGAGAGCCUUUUGCACCUAUCACUGAUCUAGGCAAAGCUGUUGGAAUUGAUUUCGAUUACUCAGACAGAUAUCUCUACUUUAGUCAAGUGAGAGCGGAUAAGUUGAGUCGCUAUAGUCUCGACUCGAAGGAUGUUUAUGAUUUACUCGUUAAAGAAAAUCGAACACAGGAUGGCAACACAUAUAAUAUUGUGUCACCAGAUGGCAUUGCAUUUGAUUGGAUUGGACGGAAACUGUAUUGGGCUGAUUCGCAUCUGCAUGGAAUAUAUUCUAUGAAUGUAGAUAAGAGUCACCUUGUGACACUUGUCAGAGUUGAUAAACCACGUGCUAUUGUACUGGAUCCAUGUAAAGGUGAGAUGUAUUGGACGGACUGGGGGAGGUCACCUAAGAUAGAAAAAGCCACUAUGGCAGGACGCAACAAACAAACACUUAUAAGCUCUGGACUAAGAUGGCCUAAUGGUCUCACCAUAGACUUUGGAGAGGCCAAGUUAUACUGGUGUGAUGCUGCCUUAGAUAAGAUAGAAAGAUCUGACUUGACCGGAAAUUAUCGGGAGACUAUAGUGGAGACAACUGUUCAUCCAUUUGCCAUGACUGUAUAUGGUCACUUCAUUUACUGGACUGACUGGAGCACACGCUCUGUAUACCGUGCAAUGAAACACACAGGAGGUGACCAGACCCGGUUGAUAUCAGGACUACGUGGUCGUCCAAUGGACAUCCAUGUUUAUGCUGCAGACCGCCAACAACAAUGCCCAGACCCCUGCACCAACAACAAUGGUGGCUGCAGUCAUGGCUGCCAUCCCUCAAGUAAUAAUCAAGCUGAAUGCACGUGCCCUGAUGGGUCAGGAUUGAAGAUUGGAAAUGGUGGAAAGAUGUGUAUUCAAGCUAAUAACAACUGCAGCAGUAACCAGUUUGUGUGCCUCAAUGGGAAAUGUCUCCCUGAUAGCUGGAAAUGUGAUACAGAUGAUGAUUGUGGAGACGGAACUGAUGAGGACCCAAAGUUGUGUGCAGAUCAUACUUGUAGACCUACUGAUUAUGUCUGUGCCAAUUCACGAUGCAUCUCAACAGCCUGGGUUUGUGAUCACGACAAUGAUUGUAGAGAUAACUCGGAUGAGACACAAUGUACUUACCCAGCAUGUGCAACAGGCGAGUUCACUUGUAGGAAUUUCCGUUGUAUCGAUGCGGCUCAGCGUUGUGAUGGACGUGACAACUGUCGCGAUGGACAUUUCUCCGAUGAAGUUGGAUGCCCAACUGAUUUAACGUGCCCUCCUUUGAAAGUGAAAUGCCCAAAUAGUAAUCUGUGUAUUUUCCGUCGCUGGCUUUGUGAUGGGGAUGAUGACUGCAAAGACAACUCUGAUGAAAGUCCCACAUUCUGUAGUCGACAUGACUGUACGAGUGAUGACUUUAGGUGCACCAAUCACAAGUGCAUCCCAUCCUCUAUGCAUUGUGACGGCGAUGACGACUGUGGAGAUGGUUCAGAUGAAAUACAAGCUGAGUGCAGUCAUCCAAAUAGGACAUGUUUUGGGAAUCAGUUCACAUGUUCGAAUGGACGUUGUCUGUAUGACCGCUAUGUUUGUGAUGGUGAAGAUGACUGUGGAGAUGGAAGUGACGAACAUUCAACACUUCAUUGCUCUGAGCGUGGUUGUCCUCCUGAUCACUUCAAGUGUGAGGCGGAUCGUGCUGCAGGAGGUUAUGGCUGUAUUCCCAACUACUAUGUCUGUGAUGGAGUGGCCCAUUGUGUGGAUCAAGCUGAUGAAAUGCAGAGUUGCCCACCUAGAAACUGUAGAUCUGAUCAAAUCAAAUGCAACAACACUGGCAUGUGUAUUACCAACAGGUUUUUUUGUGACCAUGAUGAUGAUUGUGGUGACAAUUCUGAUGAGCCUGACACGUGUGUCUAUCCCACAUGCAACCCUGCUACACACUUCACCUGUGAUAAUGGCAAAUGCAUCCUCAAAGACUACCAUUGUGAUGCUGACAAUGACUGUGGUGAUAACAGUGAUGAAAAGGAAGAUGUCUGUUUGACCCCUGCCCCCACAUGUGCAGGGGGUAAGUACUACUGUCAGAAUGGCAACUGCAUUGAGUAUCAGUUUGUGUGUAACCGUAAUGAUGAUUGUGGAGACAACUCCGACGAACAACACUGUGGCGUGGAUGAGUGUCAAGAUGUCAGGUCCAAUCAGUGUGCCCAUAAGUGCAUCAACACUAUCACAAGCUACCAUUGUGCCUGUAAUGAAAGCUACACAUUGAUGACUGAUCGCAAGGCUUGUAGAGAUAUUGAUGAGUGUACAGAGGUGAAGGACACAUGCACGCAGUUCUGUGAAAACAGUCCUGGAUCAUUUAUGUGCAAGUGCCAAGAUGGAUACUUCAAGGAACCUGAUGGAAAAACAUGCAGACACAAUGAUAAUAUUGAUCCCUACCUCAUAUUCACAAACCGUUACUACAUCCGGAAAAUCUCCACAGAUGGUAAAUACUACACAUUGCUCUAUCAGGGUCUCUCCAACGUUGUUGCACUAGAUUAUGACUAUAAUGGGCAGAUGAUGUACUACACAGAUGUUGUGGCUAAACGGAUACAGAGAAUGUUUCUUAAUGGUACAGGGGUUGAGACUAUUGUGAAACAUAAUGUCCCUGGCGGGGAAGGAUUAGCUGUUGAUUGGAUAGGAAGGAAGCUCUAUUGGUUGGACUAUACAAAUGAACAGAUGUAUGUUAGUGAACUAAACGGCACAAGCAGACGGAUCCUAGUUGAUGUUGAUAUAUCCAACCCAAGGGCAAUUGUCGCAGACCCUCACAAGGGUUACCUCUUUUGGACAGAUUGGGGUUUAGCACCUUAUAUAGGACGAAUCGGCAUGGAUGGAACAAAUCGCUCUAAGAUAAUCACACAAAAGCUAGGCUGGCCCAAUGCUCUCACAAUUGACUUGGUAACCAAUCGUCUGUGGUGGGCAGAUGCGCAUCUUGACUAUAUAGAUUAUUGUGACUAUAAUGGUGAAAACAGGAAGACUGUCAUGUCAGGCAGUGUCGCGCAUAUCUUUGCCAUGACGUUGUUUGAAGAGUGGAUGUAUUGGGUCGAUUGGAAUCACAAGGCUGUUGAGAAAGCAAACAGGUUCACUGGAGAAGAUAAGCAAAUACUAGUGAACAUCACACAUCGGCCUAUGGAUAUUCACGUUGUACAUCCAUUGCUACAAGAGAAUGGCACAAAUCCAUGUGGUAGCGAUAAUGGAGGCUGCAGCCAUCUCUGCGUCAUUGCACCUGGUGGUGCCACCUAUACCUGUCUAUGUCCCGACUACUUCCUCUUAGCGCCAGAUGACAAAACAUGCAUUGCUAAUUGUUCAACAAGCCAGUUCCGUUGUGGUGUCACAGAUGAUCGCUGUAUCUCAUUGCUAUGGAAAUGUGAUGGCCAACCAGACUGUAAAGAUGCCUCGGACGAACCUGAAGAUUGUCCAAUGCGUCAUUGUCCAGUGGGCCACUUCCAGUGUGACAAUCUGAACUGUACAAUGCCAUUCAAGAUCUGUGACCAGACAGAUGACUGUGGGGACAGCUCAGAUGAGAGAGACUGUGAUAGUCGUCAGUGCGAGCCAUGGCAGUUCAGGUGCAGCAAUGGGCGCUGUAUUGCUAAGAGCUGGUCCUGUGAUAAUGAUGAUGAUUGUGGGGAUAAUUCUGAUGAACUUCCACAAAAUGAGGAUUGUCAGACUAAGACAUGCGCUGUUGAUGAGUUUGCAUGUGACAAUGGAAGAUGUCUGCCAAACACAUGGAAAUGCGACUUUGAUGAUGACUGUGGUGAUGGGUCAGAUGAGGAACCAAAACAACAGUGUAGAAACCAGCCUUGCCCAGAGGGUUGGAAUAGAUGUGCCACAAACUAUCGUUGUGUGCCCUCCUGGGCCUAUUGUGAUGGCAACAAUGAUUGUAGGGACAAUUCUGAUGAGGACCCUGCAAACUGUCCUGCAUGUCAUGCAACAGGUGACUUCAAAUGUGCUAAUGGGCGGUGUAUUCCUAAAAGAUGGCAGUGUGAUUUUGAUGAUGACUGUUCAGACAACUCUGAUGAAGAUCCUGCAAUGUGCUUGCCACUCUAUCGGCAAUGCUCUGAGUCUGAAUUCCGCUGCAGUAACCACAAGUGUAUUCCUGGCAGAUGGCGCUGUGAUCAUGAUAAUGAUUGUGGUGACGGCUCAGAUGAGGAAAAUUGUGAAUUUAGAGAAUGUCUCCCUAACCAGUUCCGUUGCCUUAGCGGCCAUUGUAUCCCAGAAGCAUCAAUAUGUGAUGGGGAAAAAGACUGCAAAGAUACAUCUGAUGAAAUGAACUGCACGACCAGAUUCCCUGGAGGUCGCUACUGCCCUGCUAAUCAGUUUGAAUGCGCUAAUACAAUCUGUGUGUCACGAGAUUGGCGUUGUGAUGGAGAUGACGAUUGUGGUGACGGAAGUGAUGAGACCCCAAAGGUUUGUCAACAGAUUGACUGCCCAGAAGAGACAAGGUUUCACUGUAAUAAUUUCAAGUGUAUUCCAAGAUGGAGGCUAUGUGAUAAGGUUGAUAAUUGUGGGGAUGGCUCUGAUGAGGAUAUUCACACACACUGUAUGCCAAGACCUAAAGUUUGCUCACGUACACAGUUCAAAUGUGCCAAUCGCAACUGUAUAGAGGGGGCUAAUGUAUGUGAUAGUAUUGAUGACUGUGGAGACAUGUCUGACGAGAUGGGCUGUCACAAAGAGACUGGUGACUAUGCUGGCUGUGCAGAUAGGAAUGGUGGCUGCCAACACAAUUGUACAACUCUCCUUGCAGGUGGAUACAGUUGCUCUUGCAUGGAAGGAUACAUUAUAAAACAAUCUGACAAGAAAACAUGCCAAGAUAUUGAUGAGUGUUCUGUAUGGGGCAACUUCUGCCCUCAGAAAUGUUACAACCUGAAAGGCACACACAAGUGUCAGUGUGAUGUGGGAUUCAGUGAUGAAACUAACAAAGGAAUAACCUGUGCAGCCCAAGGUAGCUCACCUGUAAUCAUGUUUGCUGUUGGGCCAGAAAUCAGACAAUACAUACCAGAGGCCAAAAACUUUGAGUACUCUGAUGCCGUCAUAGCAGAGCGUCGUAUCCAAGCAAUAGCAAUAGAUCCAUCUCGCCGUAUUGUGUACUGGACCGAUACUUCAUUGAAGACAAUCAAACGUGCUGCAAUUCCUGAUGAUCCCAAGCAUCUUGGGUACCCUCAAGAUCUUGAGCUUAGUGGCUUGGAACAACCUGAUGGAAUAGCUAUAGAUUGGGUGUCCCAUAUCCUGUAUUGGACAGAUGCCAAGAAGGGUACCAUCUAUCUUUCAAAGGAAGAUGGCCGCUAUGUAAAGACAAUUCUGCAGAAGAAACAAUUUAGUCCUGCAUCAAUUGCAGUCAAUCCUGUAUUGGGGUGGAUGUAUUGGACCAAUGUCUACUCAAGGUCCCCUAGUAUUGAAGCAGCCUGGAUGGAUGGCUCCAACCGCACAGUUCUAGUUAACACAAAGCUCUCUAGCCCUACUGGAAUAACAGUGGACUAUGGCAUGAACAACAGAAUAUAUUGGUGUGAUUCUAAAGAGAACCUCAUUGAGUCCAUGAAACCUGAUGGCUCUGAUAGAGUAGUAGUUGUGAAUCAAGGUCUUGGUCACCCAUUCUCCCUGGAUGUGUUUGAACAAAGCCUCUACUGGGUGUCUCGUGAGAAUGGUAAAGUUAUGAAAAUGGAUAAGUUUGGACGUGGCAUCAACUCCACAGUUCAAGCAGGCCUUAUGCUCCCUAGUGACGUCAAAAUAUUCCACCCAUUGAGAUAUGCUAUGAAUGCAAAGAACCCCUGUGAUAAACUAGACUGCUGGCCGCUAUGUGUAUUAGUGCCAGGUGGCGCUAGAUGUGUAUGUCCGGACCACUCGGAGUUUGUCAAUUCAAACAAGACAAAUUGUGAUAGUCCUACUGAAGGGGGUCCUGGUAGCCCGAGUCAGUGUAAAUGCUACCACAGUGGGCUGUGUAUACCAAGCAGUACAGAUGACAAGAAGUAUGAGUGUCGCUGUAUGCCUGGAUAUCAGGGAGAGUUUUGCGAGACAGCUGUUGGUGCAUCAACUCAACCGCUACUCUCUGCUAGCUCUAAACGAGUGACUGCUAUCUUAGUGCCCCUGCUACUCUUGGUACUUUUAGUAAUAUGUGCAGUGGCCUUAUUCUUCUACUACAAGAGAAGAGGGUUUCCAACCCUCCCCUCACUGCCAUCUCUACCAACGUUGAAAAAGCAAGCAAAGAAAGGGCAGUUCAGGGAAGGAGCUCCUGGGAUGGUUUCCUUCCAAGGGGACAAUGUCUUCAUGUAUGAUACACCUCCACAGGGCACCAAUGGAUUCCCUGGGCCAAUGGAUCCUGCUUACCCUGUAAAGGAGCCAGAGAAUCCAAAUAACUUUAGUAACCCAAUGUAUGACACAUUAGACAGUGGGAUUCAUACCCUACCUGGGAAGCAACCAACAACUCCAGACAGUCCAGCCAUUACUAUUACCCCACCUUUGCUCUCCUCAGUCCCCAUAGAUGACACCCCAGGGACUCAAACUCAGAAAAAAUCGCCAAAGAUUCCUAAACGCAGGAAAGCAGGAACGAAUGGAGUAACAUCUGGGAAACAGUUUAGUCCGAGUAAUAUUGAGACAGAUAGUGAUAUAGCCACACUAGUUGAGGAGGGGGAUGCAACUGAUGUUUAA